AGCAACCUGUACAUUCUCUCCCAAAGCAAGGAUGACUUUGGUCAGGCUCCGGAGGAGUUUCCGGCAGGUGUCUCCUCAGGUGGUGCUCUUUUUGCUGUUUGCCUUCUGCCUGCUCAGCGUUUUUGUCUCAGCCUAUUAUUUAUAUGGGUGGAAGAGGGGUCUGGAGCCCUCAGGGGACAUCCCUAGCCCGGAUUGUGAUGAGCCGAAGGUUGCCCCUUCGCGCCUCCUCCCAUUAAAGCCCAUCAAAGUUGUGGAUUCCUCUCGCACAGACCCCUUGGUUCUUGUGUUUGUGGAAAGCCUUUACUCUCAACUGGGCCAGGAGAUUGUGGCCAUCUUGGAAUCCAGUCAUUUCAAAUAUCUGACAGAGAUUGCUCCAGGGAAAGGGGACAUGCCCACGCUGACAGACAAGGACCGAGGGCGUUUUGCACUGAUCAUCUAUGAGAACAUCUUGAAGUAUGUGAACCUGGAUGCCUGGAACCGUGAGCUCUUGGACAAGUACUGUGUUGAAUAUGGCGUAGGAAUCAUUGGCUUUUUCAAGGCCAAUGAGAACAGCUUGCUGAGUGCUCAACUGAAGGGCUUUCCCCUCUUUCUCCACUCCAAUCUUGCACUUAAGGACUGCAGCAUCAAUCCCAAAUCACCACUUCUGUACAUCACACGACCCAGCGAGGUAGAGAAGGGGCUUCUUCCAGGGGAAGACUGGACAGUCUUUCAGUCAAACCAUUCCACCUAUGAGCCAGUCCUCCUGGCUAAAACUAAGUCAGCAGAAUCCAUCCCACACAUGAGCAUCGAUGCGGCACUCCAUACCACUGUGGUACAGGACUUAGGUCUUCACGAUGGCAUCCAGAGAGUCCUUUUUGGCAACAACCUCAACUUUUGGCUGCACAAACUGGUCUUUGUGGACGCUGUCUCUUUCCUCACUGGCAAGAGGCUUUCCCUCCCCCUUGACCGUUACAUUUUGGUAGACAUUGACGAUAUCUUUGUCGGCAAGGAGGGUACGCGGAUGAAGGUGGACGAUGUUAAGGCUCUGUUUGAUACCCAGAAUGAACUGCGCACCCAUAUCCCAAAUUUCACCUUCAAUCUGGGUUACUCAGGGAAAUUCUUCCACACAGGUACAGAUGCAGAAGACGAGGGAGAUGACCUGCUGCUUUCCUAUGUCAAGGAGUUCUGGUGGUUCCCCCACAUGUGGAGUCACAUGCAGCCUCACCUCUUCCAUAAUCAGUCUGUGCUGGCUGACCAAAUGACCAUGAACAAAAAGUUUGCUAUUGAGCAUGGUAUCCCCACUGACAUGGGAUAUGCAGUGGCACCCCAUCAUUCAGGCGUGUAUCCAGUCCAUGUUCAACUGUAUGAAGCCUGGAAGCAAGUUUGGGGGAUCAGAGUCACAAGCACCGAAGAAUACCCUCACCUCAAACCAGCCCGCUACCGGCGAGGUUUUAUCCACAAUGGAAUCAUGGUUCUCCCACGACAAACAUGUGGCUUGUUCACUCAUACCAUAUUCUAUAAUGAAUAUCCUGGUGGUUCCAAUGAACUGGAUAAGAUCAUUAAUGGAGGCGAACUGUUUCUGACUGUGCUACUUAACCCUAUCAGUAUCUUCAUGACUCACCUCUCCAAUUAUGGGAAUGACCGUCUUGGUUUGUACACCUUUAAACACCUCGUCCGCUUCCUCAACUCCUGGACUAACUUGAAGUUGCAGACACUGCCACCUGUGCAACUAGCACAGAAGUAUUUCCAGAUAUUUUCAGAGGAGAAAGACCCUCUUUGGCAAGAUCCCUGUGAGGACAAACGGCACAAGGACAUUUGGUCCAAAGAGAAGACCUGUGACCGGUUUCCCAAGCUGCUAAUCAUUGGUCCUCAGAAGACAGGCACGACAGCCCUCUACCUGUUCCUGGGAAUGCACCCUGACCUGAGCAGUAACUAUCCCAGCUCAGAGACCUUUGAAGAGAUUCAGUUCUUCAAUGGGCAUAAUUACCAUAAAGGCAUUGACUGGUAUAUGGAGUUUUUCCCUAUCCCUUCCAAUACCACUUCUGACUUCUAUUUUGAGAAGAGUGCCAAUUACUUUGACUCAGAAGUAGCACCCAGGAGGGCAGCCGCACUCCUUUCCAAAGCUAAAAUAAUCACCAUCCUCAUUAAUCCAGCAGAUCGGGCAUACUCAUGGUACCAGCACCAGCGAGCUCAUGAUGACCCAGUUGCUCUGAAGUACACCUUUCAUGAGGUGAUUACAGCUGGGCCUGAGGCUUCUCAGAAGCUCCGGACAUUACAGAACCGCUGCCUUGUACCAGGCUGCUAUGCUACUCACAUUGAACGUUGGUUGAAUAAUUUCCAUGCCAACCAGAUUCUUGUUUUGGAUGGCAAACUGCUACGCACAGAACCAGCUAAAGUGAUGGAAACAGUCCAGAAAUUCCUUGGAGUGACAAACAUCAUAGAUUACCACAAAACUUUAGCGUUUGAUCCCAAAAAAGGAUUUUGGUGCCAACUACUGGAGGGAGGGAAAACCAAGUGCUUGGGCAAAAGCAAAGGACGGAAAUACCCAGAGAUGGAUUUAGAUUCACGAGCAUUCUUGAGGGACUAUUACAGGGACCACAACAUAGAGCUAUCCAAGCUACUGUAUAAAAUGGGCCAGACACUGCCAACGUGGUUGCGGGAGGAACUCCAGAACACUAGAUAACCACUUUGUAUCUGUUCUGUAUUGAGCAAUAGUAGAAUGAGUCCAUGGUGAGGAUCUCAGAAGUGUACACCAAGCCAAAAUGUUGUGCUACAGUGUGGGAUAUGCAACCAGGGAAGAAGCAUUUUGAGCAAUACCCACUCAAGGUCAUCCGGCAGCAAAAGGAAAAAUGGGCCUGUGAAGUUAACAUUGUAGCUUGGAAGAAAUCAGCCACCUGAAACCUACUGGAGCUGAGCGCUUGCUAUUGCCUAGAGGCCAAACCAGCAUUACACAGACCUCUUCCACUUUGCCCAGGAGCCAUGCUUUACUGCUAGAAUUGAGGCUGUCUCCUAGUCUAUAAUGCCACUUCUUGGUGAAGAGAAUCCAUGAAGGAUUUGCUCUUUUCUCCACACUUCAAUCCCAACACCUGAUGUAGUAUUACAGUAAGAAAUCUCCUACUGCUCACAUGGUGGAGUUAGGAAAAAGGGAUUGAAGGACUUACCACAGGAGCUGAUUAGUAAUAGUUCUUGCACCGUAAGAGUUAGGAGAAGAACAAGAUGAGUAAUAUGAACUUUGAACCAGAUGGAGGCCCUGCUACAAGCACGGACCUGAUUAUGCAAUUUGGACUCAAACCCAGACUGGACUGAGAUGGUAUUAAUGGAGUACACAGUUCUUAGCAAAAAGAGAUGUUUUGUUUGUUUACUUUUGUUUUAAUACAAGGUGACUUGUAUUAAAGACUGGUGCUGGCAAUAUUUAGAUUAUUCCAGAUGGAUUAUUUAUUUCCAUCUUCUUAUUUUGGGGGUUGUACUUGGUUGGGUGGGGGAGGAACACGGGUAGGAAUACACACACACCUGACAAAAUGCUUGGUGCAAAAGAGCUUGCUCCAGAGGGUUAACCUGACAUGUCCUUGUCUAUCUGCAUUUUUAAUGUGAGGGAGUUCCUGUGAUUGAAGACAAGGGUGGUUUGGUAUCCUAGCUACUUCUAAUACAUAUGACCUACCAGCUCAGAACAGCAAAAUGGUAUUCUAGAAGGUUGUGUCAGCCUUGGAUUAAUGCCUGCCAAAAAGAUUACUUAAGAAUAGUGAACCUCUGAAGCAUCAUAACAACAGUAUUUUAGUAACUUCCUUCUUGAGCUUUCUUUUGUGUGUAUGUGUGGGGGGGGGCAGAAGCUGGAGUUUGUGUUUCAGGUAUUAGGUUUUUGUUUUUCAACCCUUCAUCAUUGAAUGAGAAUUGAUUAGUUGAUCUGCUGACAUAAUGUCCUUGUAUGAGAAGAAUUUUAAAGGUUGAGUUUUUCCCCACCAGCUUAGCCUAGUCAUCUCUUCCAGUAUUUCUAACUGGAGCUGUAACUGGGAAGGUCUGUUAAGACAGCAGCAGUAGUUUGUGAAGUGCCUGUGCAUAUAUAAUAUUUACAAGCAGGCUGUGGAUGGUAAUGUCAUUCAGAUAAAAGAAUGAGUAUGAGUGAGUUUUUUCUCUCUUUGGGGGAUAAAUUGACAUGUUAACAAGAACAACAAAUGUUUUUGUCACUUAAUCAUUCUUAUUUAUGGCUUAAGCCUAGGUUGUGUUGGAGGAGUGCUUUGCAUAUCAGAGGUGGGAUUCACAUUACAGAGUAUAGUUCUUUGGGAUCUAAGCUCAAAUAGGUCUGGUAACAUCAACAGCAAAAGCCUUGAAAGUAAAGCCAGUGGAAGGGACUUGGUAGAUCAGGCACUCAAAUGUUAAGCAUAGAAAAUGGAAUGAGGAGAAGGGGUUUACUGAUGGUUAUCUCACCAGAUUACCUUUGUGCCCUUGCUUAAGAGCUACCCAAGAGAAUCUAGCUGGCCAUUGCUGAAAACAAUAAGCUGAACUGGCUGGAUCCAGAUGGAAAUCUCUUUCCCCGUUGCUCCCAUAAAGUAUCUUUCAUACUAGCUACAAUCUAAUGGUUGCCAGACAGAUACUGUCUUCCCCUGACACUGUGCCUGACUGCCAUCUUGUGGAUUAGCCCAGAAAGUGCAGAUGGCCUUUAACUGUUUUUUCCUCAUUGUUUUUUCAACCGUAGUAUCAAUAGGAGAGGUGCAAGCAGAAUAGAAGCAUUUAAAAAUCUGAAUUGGUGAUAAUGCUGUUGUGAUAAUGCCUCUUUUUAAAAAUUAAUACAGUGUUUCACCUGUGGCCUUCUACACCAAGAGACUUUGAAAAUAUGCUGGCAGUGAAAAGACAUUUUCUCUCCAGGCACAUAGUCCAGACAAACCACUUUUCCAUUUUGGUAGAAGGAGCAUACCAGAUUAUACUCUGGUACUUUUUGCUAUAUCUUAAAUAUGUAAGCAGGCAGGAGAUAGAUGCAUGUGAGUAACUACUGCCAACAUGACUCCAAGCCCUAGUGGGGCAAGUGAGAAAGCUAGAAUAUGAAGAUUUUUUAACUUUUCACAAUGUGAAAGAAGGCACUGGACCUUCCAAAUUAAUUGUUAUCCUGAUUGACAGAUGCAAAAGAAGUAGAAACAAAUAAUUCUUAAUUGUUCAAAUGCAGUGCUGAGAAGCACUCCACUGACUUACUUGCAAUCUGGACAGCAAAGGUAUUGUAAAUCUGCUAGAACAGAGAGUGUGGGAAGGUCCAUAUUUAUUUGCCACAUUCUGAUGUGUUUCUAUUUAAGAAACCUUUUCUUGGAGAAGAUGGCAUCUGGGCUUCACUGCCCUCCCAGACAUACUGCUGUACUAACUUUGCUACAGCUUUGAUUCUCUGAAAUAAAGUUUAUAAUUCAGUUCAUCACCUGUGUCUUCAGUUUAGAGCAAGAGAUGGGGUUAGUGAAUGGUUUCUACAUAAUAUAAUAUACUUUGCUUUACCAGUGGAAUGUAAUUUAUACAGUACUUGAGCUGGAGACUCCUUAAUAUUCCAGUCCCAUUCCUGACCCCAUCUUCUCUGUGGGUUCCCUGCCCAGUGUCAUGAUGGUUAUCACACAGGUUUAAAUGAUGUGUAAAUGGAAAUCCUAGCACCAUUUGUCUGUUUGAAGGAUGCCAGUGAAGGCCCUUAGGAGAGAACUCUAGAAAUCACUUUAGCAGAUGAACUGCAGAGGGCAUUGUUCAUUCCCAUGUACACCACUGUCUCUAUCUUUUUUAAAUAAUGAUGUAGAAGUUUUAAUAAAUAAAAUAAGUAAUAAAUAAAAAUUGUGAAGCUUAAUGCUAGCUCCUGAAAAGAGCAUUCUACAUAUGUAUGGCAUCACAUUGCCAAAGAGACAAAUGCAUAAUAAAACAGAACAAAUUAAAGUUCUGCAAGCUUACUGUUUGAAAGUAUUAAUUUGAUCUUUUCUCAAAUGCUGGUAUGAUUUAGCUUGCACUGGGUGAAGAGAAAUUUGCCUCUUACACUUGUUCAGUUGGUCAGAAAUUGUCACAAGGCAUCACUUUCCCUAGCUGAGCAAACUUUAAGAAGGACAAAUUGUGUUUCAUUACAAUGUUUUUCCUAAAUGAAAGGAGGAGCCUUGGGGGAGGGGGUGUUCAUUUUUAUUUUUGCAUGAGAUUCUAUAUGGUUUCCCAUUGGGUGAAAGGUAUCUUCUUAGAGGGAGGGAGGAAAGGGGAAGGAAUACUUUUAAGAGUCUUUCUCCCAUAUUUUUAAUUGUAUUUGAACUCAUUUUGGGUUCAGAAAACUGUGUCACUAAUGUAAGGUCCUGUUGAACUAACUGCUAAUAAAAUGGGGUUAUCUGUUUUUA